AUUUAUCUAGGCUUCUUCCCCUCAUCGGCGCUCGGCAUCUCUCGGCACGCCAGUGUAAUCCUAAUCUUGCCACGAAGGCUCGGAGCAAACCCUAGCAUCCGACCGAAGAGAGAGUUGGUACAGCGCCAUGAGUCGCGGAACCGGAGCCGGCUACGAUCGUCACAUCACGAUCUUCUCCCCCGAGGGCCGUCUCUACCAAGUCGAAUAUGCGUUCAAGGCCGUGAAGGCGUCCGGGAUCACGUCGAUUGGGGUCAGAGGGAAGGAUUCCGUAUGUGUUGUCACUCAGAAGAAGGUUCCCGUGAGUGUCUGGUUACCUCGAUCUUUAACACCGUCGUGGAUGCGAUCUUCUCUUUGUAUUACGGUAUUAAUCUUUGUUCUUGUUGUGGGAAAACUAAUGCAGGACAAGCUUUUGGAUCAGACCAGUGUCACGCAUCUCUUUCCCAUCACGAAGUACCUCGGACUGUUAGCGACUGGGAUAACAGCUGAUGCAAGAUCUUUAGUCCAACAAGCAAGAAAUGAGGCAGCCGAAUUUCGUUUUAAAUGGGGAUAUGAGAUGCCUGUAGAUGUAUUAGCCAAAUGGAUAGCAGAUAAAUCACAGAUUUACACCCAACAUGCCUAUAUGAGACCUCUUGGAAUAGUUGCUAUGAUCUUGGGUAUUGACGAAGAGAAAGGACCUCAGCUCUUUAAAUGUGACCCAGCUGGGCAUUUCUUUGGGCACAAGGCCACAAGUGCAGGUCUGAAAGAGCAAGAAGCAAUCAACUUUUUGGAAAAGAAAAUGAAGAAUGAUCCUGCAUUCUCAUACGAGGAAACUGUGCAGAUCGCAAUAUCUGCUCUGCAAUCAGUUCUUCAGGAGGAUUUUAAAGCUACGGAGAUAGAGGUGGGAGUUGUGAGGAAAGAAGAUACAGUUUUCAGAGUGUUGUCGACAGAGGAGAUUGAUGAACACCUGACAGCUAUCAGUGAACGGGAUUGAUGGCAAAAUCGUAUUACCGCUGCUUUGAUUCAGUUUCGAUUGUGGGAGUCGUCUUUAACUUUGGACAAUACUUUGGUUUCCGUAAAACCAAAAAUGUAAAACUGUGGUGCUGCAACGCCUUUCAAGCGGAUACGAUUUUGUUUUUUCUCCA